AUGCGCUCUGAGAGGUUCCGGGGGCAGGAGGAAUUCACUUCCGGCAGCGGGCUGUGGGGCCAUGGAUUGCUGGAAGCCUUCGUGUACUGUGCUUUGCAGGCUGCCCUCCUUCGAGCUGUGCUGAGGUUUCGGGGGCCAGCUGUGUGGGGAAGGCCUCUCCACGGGCUCUGGUGCUGCAAUGGGCAGGAGGAUCCCAAGAGGUGGUUGGGUAGCAAGUCUCCCACUUUGAAGGAGAAACCAGCAGGUACAGAGACUGAGAAAUUUCAGAUGAUCUACCGUUUUAAUGCCAUCAGAUUCUUUGGGUACAUGUCUCGGCUGAAAGUGGUACAAACUGCCCUGACAGUGGUGGCUCUGCCGCCGGGCUGCUACUGGUACUCUGAGGGCCUGAUAACUCUCAACUCUCUGUGCCUUGUGAGUGGGAUCGCUGGCUUUGCCCUGGCCAUGCUGUGCUGGAUGAGCUAUUUUUUCCAGAGGCUGGUGGGCAUCUUGUAUGUGAACGAGUCCGGCACCAUGCUGCAGGUGGCUCACCUGACCUUCUGGGGCUGGCGGCAGGACACAUACUGUCCCGUGGCAGAUGUGAUGCCUCUGACAGAAACCAAGGACCGGCCCCAGGAGCUGUUGGUGCGUAUCCAGCAGUACAACAGGAAACAGACCUUCUACCUCACCCUGCGCUAUGGACGCAUCUUGGACAGAGAGCGUUUCACACAGGUGUUUGGGGUGUUGGACAAGCUCAAGUGA